GAGAGGAGAGGCAGCGGUGAAAUAGAGUGGGUUUUCACAUUAAUUUACACCACUCUCACGUUUUUAAACCAUCUCUUCUCACAGGGUUGACAUUUUGCUGACGGGCUUGAUUUUUUCCUUCCCCUUCUUCCAGUCUGCAAUAAAUUGCAUGUCAAACUGUUGAGCAGCAUUAUAUUAGUAGCUUCCCUUUCUGCUUAAACAGCUUAAGGCGUCCUUCCGUUAUAACCAAUUGCUGGUUAGAAAUAAUCUAGAUGUAUCAUUGAUUAAAGGCUUCAAGUUUUGUUUCUCACUACGGCCAAGUAAUCCGUCGUUUGCAAAAAUGCAGCUCAUCGUCAACUGAAGUGUAUCUGCUCAGACAAGAUAUGCAGAUGUUGAUUAUUGUACGAUAGUUAAAUCAAUUUCAAUCGGAAUAUUUCAAUACUUUUUCUCAGUUAUCUUCUAAAAUUCCUUCUAAUCGUUAAAAUAGAGACUUGAAAAUAUCAAUAAAUAUUGGAAAACUCAAAUUUAUUUCAACAAAAAAUUGUCCCCUGAUAAAUUAAUUUGGUUCAGCUGUGUUGUAUGUUGUACCCAAGUCAACUCUAUUCAGUUUGACUGAUUUUUAAUAUAAUUGUAUUCGAUACUAUUACCAUUCAUUCUCCCGCGCGUAAUUGACUGGAAUUCCACCUUCUGAAUUUCAAAAUGCAUUAUACUCGAUACCGACUGCAUUUCUUGUAUGUUAAUUACCUGGCGCCAGUAUUUAAUUGAUUUCAUUUACGUCACAACCCAUUACAAUUAAAUGAAAAAUCGACAAAAUGAGUAUUUUUCUACUAGUUUAUUUCAAAUAAGUCCCAAUUACGGGGAAAAUUCAAAUACAAGUGCGUAAAAAUUCACGGCCUCGGUCGUUAUUUACCACUAACUAUGCUGAAUUCUUACUUUGCCAACUUUGAUUUGAUUAAACUGCGCUUUUGAGGUGAAAUUUAUCAAAAGAGUUUUGUUACUACCCAUGUGACUAAACUGACAAGAGGCACACACAUCAGAAGUUAAUUGGAAAAUAUAAUUGUUUGUUUCACGCCUCAGUUGGUAUUACGUAAUAAGAAACAAACGAGUUGGUUAGACUGAGUGAUCGAAUUAUGUCACCUGGCGGGACGUGUGAUCAAAAAUCUGGAGGUUGUUGCGAGGAAGUGAUUAAUGUGGACCCACAUAGUAAUUUGCCAAUUGACCCCAAUUGGGUCUCCAAAGUGCCCCAGUUUCUGAUUGAUGGAGUGAGGGCUGAACGAAUAGUUCCUGUCGCAGAGGACUAUGACGUGUUCGACCAGAAUGCAGUGCUGCGAGUGGACCAGUAUGGAUUCUUCCUCAACUGGAAGGGAGACGGUCGGGAGGGUCAAACAAUCGAGACGUGCCAAAUAAGUGAUGUGAGACGUGGCGCCAGAGGUCAAUUCGGAGAACUCCUUCGUGAAAAGUUCAGCGUCUCUCAACAACCCCCUUUAGUUCCAAACUCAUUUUCAUCCCUCCCUGGAGCCCCCAAUAUGUGCAAUAACAACAACUCUUCCGGAAACAGCAAUUCACAAUCUGGAAUGUUGACUAGUCAGAAUAGCAUGUCGGGAAGUGGCAAUUCUGGAACAUCAGGAUCCAUAAAUUCAGGUUACAAUCAGAACGUGAAAGCAGCCCUAGUUAACCCUGUAAUGAGUCAACUAGGAUCCACAGCAGUCGGGUUCCAAUCGGGAGGCGUGGGGUCACAGAAUACACAAGGAGGUCAACAGCAGUCAUCAGUAUAUUUCGAAGAUAGGGUGCUAGUGGUAGUGUGUGGGCUGGACUUUGUGAAUUUGACCUACUGGUACUUUUGUAUGGAUUCCCAACAGACAGUCAUGACUUGGAUCGAAGGACUACGCAAGUGCAUCCACAACAUCAAAGCUAACAACAUCGGACCCAUGACACAAUUAGUCAAACAUUGGAUGAAGUUGCGGCUGAUGGUGAAUGUGAAUGGGAAUAUCCCAGUGAAGAGCAUCACGAAGACAUUUGCGAGUGGGAAGAACGAGAAGGUAGUCGUGGAAAUAAUGGGUGAACUCAAUCUUCCUAAUGGAAAGAACGAUGAGAUCGAGGUGUGUCUUCUGACGUGGGAUAAGUUCUACCAGCUGUACCAUGCACUCUGUCCACGCAACGACAUCAAAGACCUAUUCCAACUACUUUGGCGUGAACAGAAUAGAGGUACUGCGAUGGGACUGCAGGUGCCGAAACUGAUCGAGUUCUUCAACACCACCCAGAGAGACCCCAGACUGAAUGAGAUCCUGUUCCCCUUCUACACAGCUGACAAAGUGAAGGCACUCAUUCAGAGAUAUGAGCCACACUCUCAGUACAAGAAUACAGACGAGCUGUCUGCGGAUGGUCUGAUGUGCUAUCUGAUGUCGGACGAGAAUGCGCCAAUUCAUCAUGACAAACUGGAAGUUUAUCAAGACAUGGACCAGCCAUUAUCACACUACUAUGUCAACUCAUCACACAACACAUACCUCACAGGAAGACAGUUUGGAGGUCGCUCCUCGGUGGAGAUGUACAGACAGGUGUUGUUGGGUGGGUGCAGGUGUGUGGAGUUGGACUGCUGGGACAACAAACUAGCCAAUGAGAUCAUAGUCACACACGGAAAAGCCAUGUGCUCGGAUAUCAACUUCAAGGAUGUGAUCCAAGCCAUAGCUGAGACUGCGUUCGUCACCACUCCAUACCCACUGCUUUUAUCCUUCGAAAAUCAUUGCAGCAAGAAGAAUCAGCUGAAGAUGGCAGAAUACUGUGAACACUUCUUCGGUGACCAUCUCUUAAAGCAGCCACUCCAAGAUCACCCCCUGGAGCCGGGCGUGCAUUUGCCUUCGCCGAAUGGCCUGAAAUACAAAAUCCUAAUCAAGAACAAACGACUGAAGAAGGACGUUGAAGAAAAGCAAUUAGAGGAACUGCAAGUGGGCGCUGAAAUUGAACUCGACGACGCUGAACCAGACGCAGAUGAUGAAAGCAGCUCGGACGGGGAGGAUGAGUUGGAUAUUGAGGACUGUAGUGAGUAUGCGGGUCUGCUGCUAGAUUGCACAGACAACCCAAAUUCCUCAUCCCCCUCCUCGGCCCACCCAGCUCCCUCGCAUCCUCCUCAGCUGGGUGAGCAGAUCACUAACGCUACUAGCGACAGCACUCAGCCAACGACAACGUCGACAACCACGUCUACACCUAGCAACAAUCAAUCUCAUUCCUCGGAAACGCCCACUCCCACUAACGAAACAUUGGAAGAUGUUAUAGUUAUGGCGCAGAUAGCUAAAGUUACCAGUGCGCCGAGAUCGAGAAAAUCGUCACAAAGUAAAGCACUGCAAGCUAACUUGAGUGGAUUAGAAAAUACCAGCGGAGUUAACAUUAAAGAAAACCGGGGAACCAGUGCUUCGUCUCAAACUGUUAAGGCAACAAAGAAGGAAUCAUCGAAUACUAAAGUUGCAACAUCGACUAAUAAAGCGGACAGUCCAAAAAAUCCGAAGGAUAAUUCAGGAGCCACUGAAAAAGUUUCAACUGGUAACAAAAAAGUGUCAAUAGGAGGGAAUUUUGAAAGGAAGGAUUCCGUGAAAAGUAUUGUGAGUGAUUCUUCAGAACAUGCAAUUUCUGGGUCCUCGAAGAGUAAAUCUGGAACUAAGCUCAACAAGGAGCGGGAAUCGUCAGGACUUUCAGGAAAACUCUCAAACUCCAGUGGAGGAUCCGGAUCAUCGGCAGCAUCUGGAGCUCGGAACUUGACUAAAAAACAAAAAGGCGGAUCUUCAGGAGGUAUUUCAGGAAGCUCGAGCAACAAGAGCUUUAGACUGUCGACGUCACUGAGUAAGGAAGGUCAGGAUCCGGGAACUAUUGUGAGAGGAGCGACUGUGUCAAGUGGAAGCACGCCUCAGAACCCUCUAAAUGCGUCAACUAAAAGCUCUUCUUCUGGUGUGAUGAAAGCUUCAGUUAAAUCGACCGCGAAUGUCCAAGAACCACACCCUGAGAGGAAAACAAUUGCAGAGAAGUCAAUUUCGACACUUUCGAAAGACUUUCUUGAAAAGAAGGACAGCUCACCGAUUGGGGUUGUUCCGGGGGGUGCUGCUUCCGGAGUGGUGGACGACACAGUGGUGCAGAACUACCAGUAUGUGAGUGCCACCACCAAUGUACACCCUGUGUUGUCCAGUCUAGUCAAUUACUGCCAUCCUGUCAAAUUCCAACACUUCAAGUCCUCGGAAGCCAAGAACAUCCACUUUCACAUGAGUUCCUUCAACGAAACUGUGGGUCUGCAGCUACUAAAACAAGACGCACAAGAGUUCGUCAACUACAACAAACGCCAGCUAUCUCGGAUCUACCCCAAAGGCGGCCGAGUAGAAUCCAGCAACUACCAACCCCAACUGUUCUGGAAUGUAGGAUGCCAGCUAGUCUCACUAAACUUCCAGACUAAUGACCUAGCCAUGCAGCUGAAUCUGGGCAAGUUUGAGUAUAAUGGGCAGACUGGGUAUCUGUUGAAGCCGGAUUUCUUAAGGAGGUCAGACAGGAGGUUUGACCCGUUUGCAGAAGCGCCUGUGGAUGGCGUGAUAGCAGCUACAUGUUCAGUAACGGUGGUGUCUGGUCAAUUUUUGUCUGACAAGAAGAUAGGCACUUAUGUGGAAGUGGACAUGUUCGGACUCCCAGCCGACACCAUAAGGAAGGAGUUCAAGACGAAGACAGUGCUGGUGAAUGGACUCAACCCCAUAUACACCCAGGUGGCAGGGGGAGACACGUUCGUGUUCAGAAAGAUAGUGCUUCCUGAGUUAGCUGUGCUUCGGUUCGGAGUGUACGACGAGAGUGGUCGUCUGCUGGGACAGCGAGUGUUGCCACUGGAGGGACUGCAGAGUGGCUACAGACACAUCUCCCUCAGGACAGAGGGCAACAUCCCCCUCUCACUGCCCGCCCUAUUCUGCCACAUUGUGCUCAAGACAUACGUCCCCGAAGGAUACUCAGAUUUCGUGGACGCCCUCUCCGAUCCCCAAGCGCAAGCUAGAAUGGCCGCCAUCCAGGCCACAUCUGCGGCAGCUGCAGCAGCCGCCGCUGCCGCCUCUACCUCAUCAAUGCUCUCAUCCCAGCCCCACCUGUCAAGUCUAAACGACACAUCAGAUAUAUCUUCAUACGCACCCUCGGUGUCAUCCGCAACCACAGGAGGGGGCUCUUUUAAUAAUACAUCAGGUCCACUGAACAGAACCCUCAGUCGAUCUGUGUCUAAUAACCCCCACGGACACUAUCCGUCCAUGCCUGGAGCGGGCGCAGUUAUGACUGGCCAGGGCAGUGCGGGCAGUGGUAGUGAGCUGGCAGGAGGAGGGGGGAAAGGACCGGGAGGGGGAUCCACAACACCUGGAGGGGAUAACAGUACAUUUACUGUCUCCCUUGAGUUGCCGAGUGAGGGCGAGAAGGAGGCACUGAAGACGUGCAAAGCAUAUCAGCAGCUGCUAAAGAAACAUGCCAAGGAAGUGGAAGCAUUUGACAGACAACACGCACCACCCAAGCCACAGGGUAGUGCGUCGCGCACUCUCAAGUUGCUAGGGUCGAGUGCGGCUGCCAGAUUCAGUUUCAGGAAGAAGAACAGUGGUGAUAAUACAAGCACAACCACUGCUCAAGACGCCAAAUCUCCUCCAGCUAUUCAUAAAGGUGCCACUGUGAACAAAUCUUCCUCUAGCGACACGGGAGUUGCGGAACACAUCAAAUCAUCAGAUGGAACACAAAAUAAACAGCAAAAACAGAAAGCCAUGAGCACAUCAUCAUCAGAGUCACCUUCACCGCCCAAACUCAAAGAACAUACGGUUACAGGUGAUAGUAGUAGUACUACGCUACAGUCUGUAGACACACAACUGAAGUAUAAUAGAAUUGAACUCCAGCUAACCCACAAGAGGGCAGAGGGAGCAUUGAUGCACGAAUUGCUUCUGAAAUUACACGAGACUCAGAAGAUCAAUAUGGAACUGAACUUCAAACAGCGCCUGAAGGAAGUAUCGCUGAACCAAACAAAGAACUCCAUCGUGGCCACCAAGGCCAUCCAGAAGGACAAGAGCAUCCUGGCGAAAGAGAAGAAGCGACAGGUGAAGGAAGUGAGGGAGAAUGUGGUCAAGAACUGCAUCGUUGAGAGAGAAAAGUUGGAUCAGGAACAGCGGAAAAAGAUGAACCAACUGAAGAAACGGCAGGACGUUGAACUCACUACCCUCGAAAAAGAAAGCAACGCUGAGAUUGACAAACUGUUGCGUCAGCUGGACAAACUCAAAUUCGGAGACAAUCACUCGCCCCCCUCCAACAGCAAACACAGACGUGACUCCUCACACGGGAAGACAUCAGCCUCGUCUCUUGUAUCCACGAACAACAACAGUGGACAAAAUCUACAGUCGCCUCAAAACUCAGCCAACAACUCCACAAGAAACAAACUCUCUUCUUCAUCCAGUAAAGGAUCGGCAUCGUUCAAUGGGACAUCGCCUUCAAAUGCAACACCAUCGCCAAGUGCGGGAUCGAAACCAGGACCUGCAGAGUUUAACCUGAAAUCACUGACGCUGCCGCAGAUUGUGACCACACCUUCUAGUCCGACUAAAAGUGUUUCUCCUUAGACAUAAUUAACACAGUGAGAAAGUUUCAAGAAGGAAGAGAAAAUGAGGGAAAACAACUGGCAUUGUAGACUAUAGAACGUAAAUUGUUUCAAUCAUUAGCGUUUGAAUUUUAAUUGUGAAUAUUUCAGAAAUUGGAAGGAAAAUGUAUUCGAUCUUGAAAACAAAAACAAAUGACAUUAUACUGACAGAGGUGAUACUGAAAACGACGAUUUAAAAUUUUUGCUGCGCAUAAUUAUAUCUGUUUGCGUAGAAUUUCUAAUGAUGUUGCUGCAAGUGCUGUUUCUAUUUAACUUUCGUGCUCAUUUCAAGUAAAUAGUUCGUUAUUUAGGAAGACUUCCUUCUAGCGUUAAUUUGUAAAUAUAAUUUUGUCUUUAAUGGCAGUUAAUUAAAUGUUUGUGUUUUUGGUAGCACAGUAUCCUGAAAAUGCAGUAUAAUGUUUUGCAGCAAUUGUUUUUGAUUUUGGAAAUUAAUUUAUUUAGUUUAGAAGCGAUCCUGUUGAUGUCUCAGCUAUAUCUAUUACUUUCAUUGAAUAUCCUAAUAAAUGUUGCAAUACGAUGAAUUUAAUUAUCAAGCUAUUUUUGUAUUUGCAUGUUUUUUAUUCA